AUGGAUAGAUAAAUGAUUGAGGGUGUGCUACAGACAGACACACGGACACUUGCUCUGCUGCAGUUCUGUUCUGUGAGUUGAAUCGAGUUGGAAUCCCUGAUGAGUUUCAUUCAGGCCCGCAGGAGUGGCUCAGUGAUUCUGAGCAGCUCCAGGCAAAGCAGAGCCAGUGUGUCCUCCUCCAGCAGGGGUCGUGCAGCCAGUGUGUACAGUGCCCCAACACGCAGCACCCGUAUCUCCACCGCCUCCUCCAGCUAUGGCACAGGAAGGGGUUCCUCUUUUGGAAGCUUCUACUCUGGGGGCUACAGCUCAGGGGCAAUUGGGCCUUUCAGCAUCAAUGAGAAGCAGACAAUGCAGAACCUGAAUGACCGCCUGGCUGCGUACCUGGAGAAAGUGCGCAGUUUGGAGAAAUCCAAUAACCAGCUGGAAUAUCAGAUCCGGGAGUUCUAUGAGAAGAGGACACGGACAGAGAGCAAAGACCUGGGCAGCUACUGGAAAACCAUUGCUGAUCUGCGAGCACAGAUCAAUGAUGCUUCUUUGGCCAAUGCCAGAAUUCUUUUACAGAUUGACAACGCGAAACUGGCUGCUGAUGACUUUAAAACCAAAUAUGAGUCUGAGUUGGCAAUCAGACGUGGAGUGGAGAUGGACAUUCAGGGCUUGCGUAAGGUAUUGGAUGAAUUGACCCUUGCUAGGGCUGACCUGGAGUCACAGAUUGAAGGAGUGAAGGAAGAGAUGAUUUACACCAAGAAAAACCACGAGGAGGAGCUGAAGUCUCUCCGCCAUCAAAUUCGUGGCACUGUCACAGUGGAUGUGGAUUCUAAUCCUGGGAUCGACUUGACUAAAGUUCUGUCUGAAAUGAGAGAAAAAUAUGAACAGAUGGCAGCAAAAAAUCAGAAGGAUGCUGAGGCCUGGUACAAGGAGCAGUGCGCAAGCCUACAGCAGACAGUGGUCACUAACACUGAGAUGUUACAAACGGAAAAGACACAGCUUACAGAACAAAGACGCAAACUACAGGGAUUAGAGAUUGAAGUUCAGACAUUGCAGUCAGUGAAAAUGUCCCUGGAAGACAGUAUACAGGAAGUAGAGGACCGUUACGCCCUGGAACUCCAAAGACUCCAGGGUAUUCUGAAUGACCUGGAAGCAGAGCUAAUGAAUAUUCAUACUGAUGCACAACGAAAAUCCCAGGAAUACGCUCAGCUUCUGGAUGACAAAAACAGACUGGAGAUGGAGAUUGCUACAUAUCGUCGCCUCCUUGAGGGAGAGGACGUUCGAUACACCACAGAUGUCAAGACAGAAAAUGUCCAUGAUCCAACUGUGGUGACAACAACGAAGGUCGUGACUAUUACUGAAACAAUCGUUGAUGGACAGGUUGUUGAAUCACGUGAAGAAGUUAAUGUGAAUUAACCAAGGUGCUCUUGGCUAACAUUGCUCUCAAAAAUCCUCUUAAGUUCAUAAAAUCCAUUAGCCAUUCUGUAACAUGUUGCUCUUUGGAUUUUUUUUUCUGGUCUGUAAUAAAAUAAUUCAGAGCACCA